AUGUCAUCCAAACUCAUACCUGCCAAUCCCGCCGACGUCAUGGUCAUUCGAGACGUGACGCCCAACAUCACCACCUUCUCUGUCCCCUUCUUGCGCUUCGGCACGAUCAAGGUUGGUGGUCGCGGAACCCUGGUGCGCUUAUCCACUGGUACCCUCGCCAUCUUCUCCCCCGUCGCCUUGACCGACGACGUCCGCGCCAAGAUCGCCGCCCUCGGCACGACUUCGGCUCUGCGCGAUGUCAAGCUCAUGGGCCCGGCUGGCUUCCCCGAGAAACGCGCCCCAGCAGGCAUCCAGCGACGACAAGUUCCGGGACGACCCUUUUGCCGUCGUCUUCGAGGCCGGUCCAGCCAAGCGCGACCUCCGCAUCGACCCCGGCCCUUCGAUGCCGACUUUGAUUACGAGUUUGUAGACGCUCACCCCAACAAGGAACUCGUCUUCUACUUCCGCCCCGACCGUGUCCUCAUCCAGGCCGAUCUGUUUUUCAACCUGCCUGCCACCGAGCAAUACUCUCGGGUACCCGACGCUCAGAAAGCUCCUGGUCUUGCCGAUAGGCUGUUCGGCAGCCUGCAGACGACCGAAGGCGACGGCAAGUGGGCGAGGCGCGUCCAGUGGCACCUGUUCAGCGCCAAGGACCGGAAGGGCUACAGCGAGAGCGUCCGUCGCAUUGCCGAGUGGGAUUUUGAGACGGUCAUUCCCUGCCAUGGCGACACCAUGGUCGGUGACGGUAAGGAAAGGUUCCUCAAGGUCUUCGCCUGGCAUCUGAAUGGUGGGAAGAAGCUCUAA